AUGACUCGUGAAAUAACAAAUAUUUUUAAAUGGUUUACAGUUCACUUCACCUUCCAUUGCAAUCAUCUAUUCUCGUUCAGCUCGUCACACCAGUCCGAUAGAGUUGUGGGCACUAGCGAUAGAAUUUGUUGCAAACGAGUGCGAGUAGCGAGCCCCUGUGUAUGGUACUUAACCAAUCUUUCUCGAGUUGCACCAGAUAUGGCUCACCAUACGACACAGUCUAAUGUUCUUCAAAGGAAUAUAGCCGUGGACAAUGCGGCACCAAAUAGAGAUUUCGAUCAGCAAAAAAUAAUAAACAUGGAUGAUCCUCAUAUUAAUGAUAUUCGAAUGAAUGAUGAUCCGUUCCAGGGACAGGCGUAUCCAGUUUGGAAUCAACACCAACAGAACAUGCAGAUGGAAAAUCUGAACAUUGAUCAACACUAUGUUUCAAGAGGUCGGUCUUUUCAAGACAUAUCUUACGAGCAUGCUCAUAUGGCCAGGGAUCUGAAAUAUUCCGAAAUGCCGAUCGGUUACGAUCUAUUGCAAGAUCAAAUGAUCCCUAAUGUAUACUCCAACGAUCAAUACAGCGAUCACAAUACCUUUCAAUCACUAAACUCCAGCCACGAUUUCAAUAAUCGUUCGAGUUCUGAAGAUGGAAGUUUUGAUGAGAUAGUUCAAGAAAAGGCGAAGAAUUCGUAUGAGCAGCAUUUGAGUGGAAUGCUUUCCGAAGAGCCGGUGUCUUCUUCUCCACAACAAGAUUCGGAUGAGGACUAUGAACCAGAGCAGAAACAAGAUCUGUCGCAGGAGAAAAUAAGAAGAAGCGAUAUCAAAACUCGAACAUCAAAACGAGUCAGAGUAGCCGACCCUGAUUACAACGAGGACUCAGAUGAAGAUGACGAAGAAGAGGAGGACAUAAAGCCAGACAAAAAGGAACUUCGGAAACAAAUGCAACGAAGCAAUUGGAAACCGCAAACAAUAGCUCGCCCCUACUCUCUCAAGAAAGCAAAGGACAGAGAGGAUCCACUCUAUCAGCUGCGUCGCGCUAAAAACAAUGAUUCAGUUAGAAAGAGCCGCAAUAAGAAAAAGGAGGAGGAACUCGCAAGAGAAGAAAAAUAUGAACAAAUCGAAGUCGAAAAUUUCGAACUGAAGAGACGUGUGGCAGAAUUGGAGAAAAAACUUGAAAACUGUCAUUGUCAGAAAGAAACGGCACGUAAACCAGGAAAACGAUGCUGA